ACAACACAUUUACAGAAAACGAGCACUCUCACACUCUCAAAAAGGAUGUGUUAUUAUUAACACAUUUUUGUGUUACAGCCAUUUUAACACAUUAUGUGUUAUCUGUGUGUAGAAAAAAAGGUGUGAAAAGCAAUGUGUUAGCUUUUUAUCCAAUGAAAUUGCUGCCUACGUCACUUCGCCGUUAAGUGACUCGCACAACCAAAAUCGCGCCUCUUUGUUGUCGUCGAUGGAUGUUGGAGGCUUGCAAGUCAGGUAAAAAUGGAAGACGCACCAAAAACACUUGUGGCAAUUCUUAUAGAUGGCACAGAGUUUUUCAAGAAGCUCUUUUAUCUAAGAAGUGUUGCAGAAAUAAUUGAUGCUUGCAAGUCUCUAUUACCUUGUGCAGCGAAAUGUACCCGAGUUUUGAAAUUCAACGCUGAUUUCAACGAAUAUAUUGAUACAGACCUUACUGACAACAUCCAAAACUUGGACAAAUUUCAAGUUUUGUUUAAAUCAAUUAAGGAUGGACAAGUGGAUGUAAAUGCAGUUGGUUCAAGUCACCGAGAGAAUGUUGCAAGAAGGAACAUAAAUGAAGCCUCUCAGAGUUCUCGACAGAAGCAUCAAUAUGAUCCAAUGGAUGUAGAUGCUCUGAGAGCUUUAAUUGAGAGGAAAGGUCCAAGUAUAUUGGCUGAUUAUGAAACUUCAGGAAUGCUCUCUGAGGUUUCAAGAAAACUUCUGGUGAAGAUCGGAGUUGGUGUGUUGGUGGAACAUAGGGGAUUUUACCCUUCUAGUGAGGAGAAACUGGCGUUGGCAAAAAAUAUGGUGACAAUAUUUCCAUCCCUAAAGAUCAAGAUGGGAGAGGAGAAUGAAGGAUUUGAGCAUUUCUACAAUCCAGUGUCCCACAGUGGCUUCAUUGAAAUUAAACUGAGAAAUCUACGGCGGAAUCUUCAUGACGAUGAACGCCGCUAUCGACGCAAACGUUACCAGAUGAGUAAUUCGUCUAAAGCGUCUGUCUCUUUGGAAAUAAAUGCUGAAGGGGAGGAGUUCACCCAGGAGUGCACAACUGUGAUUAAAAGGAUGAAACUAUCUCCAGAAAAUUUCAAUACCAUCAAUGUGGGCAUGGAGAAAACGUACACCAGUCGCAGGUUAUGGAUUGCGAACAAGUCCCCAGGAGUGAAGAACAUUUUUGAACAAUACCCUUGUUUCGUAGAUAUGCCUUAUUUGUUUGAUACAGAGUUUGGAAAAAUGUUUCCUGGGAAGGUGGACCUGUUUCUUCGAAAAUGGGAAGGAAAUAUUGUUCCAAAAUUGUUGAAGAUGUAUGCAAUGAAACAUCCCGCCAUUCCAGCUAGCAACGAUGAGUCAUGCUACAUAGCUCUUCAAAUGCUUACUCAACUCUUGCCACCUACUGCGUCAGGAAGAGCCAAAGGCUGGGCUAAAUGCAGUGUAAAGUCGGCCAUUACUUACCUUUUGGACAUAAAGCAGGAUGAAACCAGCAAUUCCAGCCUCUUGGAUAGUUCCCAACGAAUCAUGGAAAACCAUCAACCCCACAUUGUCUGUGUAGGAUCCCCAAGUACUACAGCACAAUAUUUCAUUGUGGCAGAGAAUGAGGAAGUCAUCAUUCCACUCGAGGACAGCAAUCUCACAUGCGCCGUUGACAAACUGUUCAAAAUGUAUUGGGUUUGUAAUGUGACAUAUCCUGCUCAAUUAACUUCUGUUUUUAAUUUCUUUGAAACUGUUUAUGACAUGCCUCUCUCUGGUGGAAAGAGAUCUAAAGUUGUGGAGCUCAUUGCUAAUCUUCAAGCAGUUUCCUAAGCUACAUUAUAAAGCCUUGUAUAGCACCCAUGUACAUUUGUCCGAAGUGUAGGAAGUCAAUUUUUGGAAACUUACAGGUCAUUUUAGGAUUGUAGUCAAAACUUUCAUUCUUAUGUGAAAUAUCUUAUUAGAAAGCAAACCUAAUCCAUUUUAAAGACCUGAUACAAGUUACAAUGACUUCACAUUCAAGGAUAAAAGGAUCAACACGAUCUAAGACUGUUGAAAAGAACAGCUAUAUAAAACUGGAAUUACAAAUCAGAGGAUUACACCGUAAUAUGAAAUGUAUGAACUACAACAACAAACAGUCAAUUACUUGUAGUUUCGCAGGGACAUUUGGGUUUGCUAUUUUAGACAUUUUCAUCGGACACACGUGCAUUGUCGCGGUUAAGCAUCUGGGUAGAACUUAACUUCCGGUCUCUAUUUGUUUAAUGGUCUGACCAGUGGCUAAACUGAACGUUGGAACUAAAUGUUUCCUAAAGAUGAGGAAAGAUGGUGAUCAUGGAUCAACGCUAUUUGAAGGGAAGUUUGGCAGUCGAUCUGCAGUUAAGAUUGUAUAUAUUAAAUAGUACACAUUUUACACAGCAACAUUAGCUCAGUGUAGUUUUUGAUGCGCUUUAGCUAUGAUUUGAACUAAGGUAAUCUACUUGCUGUUUAUUUUGCUUGUUAUCAGAAAUAAACUACUCUAAAAGGACUCUGUUGUUAUUGAUUCUUUGCAGAGUUUACCGGAAAGCUUUUCACGAAAGCUGU